AUGCAUGUCCUUCUACUCGGCGGUCACGGCAAAGUUGCCCUCCAUCUCACUCCACUCCUCCUCAAACGGGCCUGGAGCGUAACCAGCGUCAUCCGCAACCCGACACACGAAAGCGAGAUUCUAGCUCUGGGUCAAGGCCUCAAGGGCACCCUCAACGUCCUACUCUCGAGUCUAGAGGACGUGAAGAGUCCCACAGAUGCUCAGAAAAUCAUCGACACGGUUACGCCGGACUAUGUGGUCUGGUCGGCUGGCGCGGGCGGCAAAGGCGGCGCAGCACGCACAAUCGCAAUCGACCAAGAAGCCGCAAAGCAUUUCAUAACCGCAUCCUUCGCCUCGCCAGGCGUCAGCAAAUUCCUCAUGGUGUCAUACCUCGGCAGUCGACGCAAACAGCCGAGCUGGAUGUCCGACGACGAAUGGGCGGGCGUAGUAAAGAUGAACACGGAAGUACUUCCGACAUACGCCCAAGCCAAGCAAGAAGCCGACGAGUACAUGACAGCUCUGGCUACGCAGCGGAAGCGCGAGUCUGGACCAGCCCGGCCUUUCCAGGCUAUUAAUCUGAGACCUGGACUUUUGACUGACCAGCCUGCGACGCGGAAGGUCGAGCUGGGAAUCACGCCUAAGGGUCGGGGAAGUGUUACGAGAGAGGAUGUGGCGAUUGCGGCGGAUCUUUUGCUUGCGAGGGCUGAUACGGAGGGGUGGAUUGAUCUUGUUAAUGGGGAGGAGGGGGUUGAGGAGGCUGUUGAGAGGGUUGCCAGGGAGAAGGUUGAUGCUGUUGUUGGGGAGGAUGUCGAGGGUAUGGUUAAGAGAUUCUUUCCUUAG